UCAGCUCAGUCCCACAAGGUAAGAGGCACACUGUGGGGUGGGGAUGUCUGGAGGACAUUGGACAGUGAAGUAUAUGUGAGAACUAUGGAUUAAAAUGUUGUUUUCAUCUCUUUAUUGAUAGGACUAUGAAGAACACAGUUGAGGGCAAAGCGUUAUUGAUCAGAUUUAUACCUACUUUACUGUAAUGAAUUCGCAAAUUACUUGAGAACUAGUAUGGUGUGCUUAUAAAAAGAAAGGAAAACAAAGAUUUAGACCAGUGCAUUUGUUACAAUGUGAACAGUAUGUUCAAAUAAGUAAAUACUCUGAACAAUAAGUAUUUCUGCUUUGACUUGAAAGAUGUGUGUGCUACUUUGAACAGAAGGGGCUUUUUAAUUUCACAAGAAAAUGUGUCCAUUACCAGGACUGUAAGGGCAGUUUUUCUUUGUGAAUUAAAAGCUUCUCCUUAAAGCUCUUGUUUUAUAAAAGAGGAUGUUCAAUAUCAUCUUUUAAAUAUCCAGACUUCUAAUAGAUUCUCCAAGAAUCAAGGCCGAUAUAUGAACCCUCUGUAAGUUAAAGCCAGCAUCUUUGGAGCAGAAAAUAAACAUCACCAAUAACUGGCAAUAUCUUCCUAUGAGUUAUAAACUAACGGUUAUUUACCAUAUAUCGAGCACUAAUGGUUGGAAAGAAAACCAAAAUAGCUUCAUCUGGAAUGAUUUUUUGCAUAUCUCUUUAGAAAGAUCAGUUAGGUAUUCUGAAGUAACUAUUAACUUCACAGAGAAAAAGCUCCAAUUCACAAAUGCCAGCAAUGGCAUCCGCCAUCAAGCAUAGUGUUUCGGUAAAUUCUAGGGCAGUUAUUUCUUAAUCUGUGGGUCAUGACCCCUCUGGCGUACAAACGACCCCCUCAUAGUGUUGCAUGUUAGACAUUUACAUUAUGACUCAUAACAGUAGCAAAGUUACAGUUGUGAAGCAGCAGUGGAAAUAAUUUAUGGUUGGGGUCACCACAGCCUGUGGGACUGUAUUAGAGCGACACGGCAUUAGGAAGGUUGAGAACCACUGCUCUACGGACUCCUUAUUAAAGGAGAUAAGGAAGUACAGAGUGUUUAUGUGCCCUAUAACACCAAUGCAUCUUAGGAAAAUAAAGUCAUCUCUUCUUUCCUAAAUCUAAGAUUCUUUUUCUAAGACUUUCCAAACAGAGUAAUACUUUGACUACAGUCUCCUUUUAAUUUUGAUUGGAAAAUUGUGGUAUUUUUUGUUUUGUUUUGUUUUUCAAAAAUACCAUUCUCCUUUUUUACACUAGCAAAGACAGGGGAGAAAUAACUGUAAAAUCCUUACUAGAUACACUGUUGAUGCUAAAAUAUUUAAUUCUCAACAAUAAUAUUAAAGCAAUGGAUGAAUUAUUUUAUUUCUCAGAAGUCUCUUAACUUCCAAAAAGUGGAUAAAGGAAAGUGAGUUGUAUCAGGAGGUUGCAUUAGAAGGCGUAUGUUCUCAGAGUGCUGUCUGUUCAAAGUCUGCCCUUUCUAAACAUGAGCAGGCCAUCACUGAACCUUCAGGGACUUUGGGCUGAGGAGUUCAUUUAGGACCGAGUUGGCAUUGUUCAGUCUUUUGCAAGAGGCUUUCCAAUAACACAGAAGUGCUUGCUAUGACUCUUCAAUAUUAUAACAUAUCACCAUUGGAAGGUACAAUCAAAGGCAUGUCAAAGCAGCCAUUCAGUGUUGACCAUCAAGAAGGAUGAAAGCAUAAUUUCUAUUAUGCUGUUUUGUCUGGUUGGCCAGUUCAUCAAUAAGUAUUUAUUAUUUCAGAAAACUACCACUCCAGGUAGGAUAGCCUCUAUCUUCCUGCCAAAGACAGAUAGUAAAUAUGGCUGAGAUGUUAAAGAAAAGAUUGAUGUUUUAAAAGGAUAAUAUUUGUAAAAUCCUUAUUCCAAACCAAAUGCCACUUGCUAAAAAUACUCAUUUAGUUUAUUUAUGGCGAAACAUAAUGAAACGUGGGCUGAAAUUCCCAUGAGAGUUGGAAGGUUGCAGCGAGAAACCUGUGACACACUGUGGACUCAAGGUUUCAAUUCAUUCUGUAGAGACAUCGUGGCCCACAUCCAUGCAGACCUACAUCUUCAUCACCACACCCCUGGUAUCUUUUGGUUUCACAGGGUGUCCGUUUUUGACAGACAAGAAACCAGGUGUAUGCUACAGUGUCAUUAAUAGGAAAUAUCAUUUCCUAAACUGAGUAUAAUUACCAGACAACCAAGGGACUGUGGGGCUUCAAAAGCAAGCACUAAUUUUCCCUAGGAUACUAAUCUUUAAUUUCUUAGUUGCGAUUGUUCAAGUUGCCAGGAGCAUUAGUUCUUAUUGCAAAUUGCUUGUCUUUAAAAUGAUUUUUUUUCCCUUUAAUUUAGAACAGGUCAAAGCACCCUAAAAUACCUCAAAUCUGUUGGCCGCUUUAUAAUUACAAAGUCUAGACCAAGUUACACUAUUUAAAAUAUAAAUGAAUAAUACAUCUGAACCGACAGCUGGUAUGCCAAGUUGUAGCCCGAGGCGGCUUUAAGAUGGUUGAAAUGCAGUAUAAUGUAAAUGCUUGGAAGUGAAGGACGAUUAAUUGAAAGCCAGACUGAUAGUGAAGGGGUGGUGUUAUGGAUAAGAUGCCACUCAGGUUAACCAUAUGCAACAUAUCAUCUACAGAGGGUAUUUCAAAUGCUUAUUGUGGACACGUUUAUUUCAAGUCUGGAAAUGAGCCUUCUAAACAUUAACAGAAGUGUCCCACACUAAUGAAAAGCCUAAUAGUAGAACAGAUCCUUUGUGUUAUUUUUCCCUAUCAAAAUUCAUCGAGAGGGGGCAUAUAUUCUAUUUGAAUUUAACGUGACAUUGGAGCCACAAGCAGGAUAAAAUAGACAGGAUGGCUUUUGUCUAUGUAUAAUAUUAACUUAAUCAAAAUUGAGCUCAUUUGGACUGCCUGCUUCCCCAUCAUCCCCCUACCCCCCACUCUGUGUUCCAACAGGCAGAAUAAAAAAAUGAAGACCGUUUACAUCGUGGCUGGAUUGUUUGUAAUGCUGGUACAAGGCAGCUGGCAGCAUGCCCCUCAAGACACGGAGGAGAACGCCAGAUCAUUCCCAGCUUCCCAGACAGAACCACUUGAAGACCCUAAUCAGAUAAACGAAGACAAACGCCAUUCACAGGGCACAUUCACCAGUGACUACAGCAAAUACCUGGACUCCCGCCGUGCUCAAGAUUUUGUGCAGUGGUUGAUGAACACCAAGAGGAACCGGAACAACAUUGCCAAACGUCAUGAUGAAUUUGAGAGGCAUGCUGAAGGGACCUUUACCAGUGAUGUGAGUUCUUACUUGGAGGGCCAGGCAGCAAAGGAAUUCAUUGCUUGGCUGGUGAAAGGCCGAGGAAGGCGAGACUUCCCGGAAGAAGUCGCCAUAGCUGAGGAACUUGGGCGCAGACAUGCUGAUGGAUCCUUCUCUGAUGAGAUGAACACGAUUCUCGAUAACCUUGCCACCAGAGACUUCAUCAACUGGCUGAUUCAAACCAAGAUCACUGACAAGAAAUAGGAAUAUUUCACCAUUCACAACCAUCUUCACAACAUCUCCUGCCAGUCACUUGGGAUGUACAUUUGAGAGCUAUAUCCUGAAGCUAUACUGCUUUGCAUGCGGACGAAUACAUUUCCCUUUAGCGUUGUGUAACCCAAAGGUUGUAAAUGGAAUAAAGUUUUUCCAGGGUGUUGAUAAAGUAACAACUUUACAGUAUGAAAAUGCUGGAUUCUCAAAUUGUCUCCUCGUUUUGAAGUUACCGCCCUGAGAUUACUUUUCUGUGGUAUAAAUUGUAAAUUAUCGCAGUCACGACACCUGGAUUACAACAACAGAAGACAUGGUAACCUGGUAACCGUAGUGGUGAACCUGGAAAGAGAACUUCUUCCUUGAACCCUUUGUCAUAAAUGCGCUCAGCUUUCAAUGUAUCAAGAAUAGAUUUAAAUAAAUAUCUCAUCCUUUGUUA